UUUGUAGUGUACUUGCUCCCCAAAACAGCCGAGGGUGGGACAAGUAAAAGAAAAAGAUAUUAUUAAUACGCUCGACAACACGGUAAUCAAGCAGCCUUGUCUUGUCUUGUUAGCCGUUGGACUGCGACACUAGCUAGCCGUUGAGCUAACCGUUGAGCUAACCGUUGAGCUAGCCGUUGAGCUAACCGUUGAGCUAACCGUCUACAAUCAAGCGACUCUUCAUCGUCUGGCAGCCGGAGCAGGAUAAAGGGCUGCAUCUUAAGGACAGUGGGGGCUCUCUGAUGAUCCCCCCGUUCAUCCGAUGAACCACCUCAACUCCAUGAAACCUUCCCUGCCUCCCAAUCCACAAAGCAGCGACGGGCCCUUCCUGAAUGACCCAGUCUCCUGGCAACCAGGCACCAAUCAGCACCCAGGAUCUCUCUCCGUAGUAACCACAGUGUGGGGCGUGACCAAUCCCACACACAGUCAGGUGUUUGGGUCACCCAUGGGUCCUGGUGAGGGCUCUGGUGGCCACAUGAUGCCUGGCGGCAGCCCCGGUAUGGGUCCUGGCAUGGGCUCCCAGUACAUGGGCCAGCAGUCGUACGGGGACGCCGUCUCCAAGGGCUACGGCCAGCCCGUCAUGUACGGGCGUCCCAGUGCUGCUUACAACCAGUCCUCAGGCUACGGUGGAAGUUACUCUGGUAACAGUGGAGGUGCCGGUCUGGGCGUUCGUCCUCCCUCAGACUUCACUCAGGCUGCAGCCGCUGCCGUCGCCGCCGCCGCCGCCACAGCAACCGCCACUGCUACGGCAACCGUUGCAGCAAUACAGGAGAAGCAGAACCAGGAGAUGAACUAUGGCCAGAUGGGUGGAGCAUCCUCUUACAGCACCCAGUUCCUGUCUCACGCGGGCCACCGCGCCCCUCCGGGGAUGGUCUCUUCCAGGCCGGGACCUCCACCUCCCGGCGGAGGCCUGUAUCCUUCUCACCCUGCCCAGGCUCAGAAGAUGCCCCAGCACGGGGGCUAUCCUGGGCAGCAGCAGGGGCUCAAACGGCCGUUCCAUUCAGAGGGUUUCCCGGUGCAGCAGUACGGCUCAGGAGGGAUGUCGGGGUACCCUACCCAGCCUCUGCAGUACCCCACUGGUCCACAGCAGCGAUGCCCCCCCUCACCCUCUUACCCCUCCAGUCGGAUGCCUCUCAUGGGGCAGUACACUUCUGGAUCGCACAACCCGGGGCAGUUCCCCCCUGGAGCCGGCCAGCCCAAUCCUCCACAGUAUUAUAAGUCAGAGCCGUUCAACGGUCAGGGCAGUCUGCCACCUGGAGGAGCCGGAGGGUACAACGCCUUCACGCAGGCUGCAGUCAACGGGCCAGGCCGGGGUGGAGUGAUGCCCGGAUAUCCCAGCUCCCCAAUGGGAGGGAAUCCCACGCCUCCGAUGACACCCGGGACCUCCAUACCUCCCUACAUGUCGCCGGGCCAGGACACGAAACCCCCGUACCUCCCUCCGGACACCAAACCCAACAUCAACACCCAGCAGGUCUCUACAGGUGACCCGAGUGACGACCUGCGCCUGACGUUCCCGGUGCGAGACGGCGUGGUGUUGGAGCCGUUCAGACUGGAGCACAACCUGGCCGUCAGCAACCACGCCUUCCAGCUGAGAGACUCCGUCUACAAAACGCUCAUGUUGAGGCCGGAUCUGGAGUUGCAGUUUAAGUGUUACCACCACGAGGACCGACAGAUGAACACCAACUGGCCCGCCUCUGUUCAAGUGAGUGUCAAUGCAACUCCUUUGUGCAUUGAAAGAGGGGACAACAAAACCUCCCACAAGCCCUUGUACCUAAAGCCAGUGUGUCAACCGGGACGUAACACCGUACAGAUCACAGUAACCGCCUGCUGUUGUGUAAGUAGCCUUUUAAAGAGAAACUUCAGUAACGGCACCAUCCCUGGGACCCCGGGCCUGAACGGAGAGGACGGCGUGGAGCAGACGGCGAUCAAAGUUUCCCUUAAAUGUCCCAUCACGUUCAGACGAAUCCAGCUGCCGGCCAGAGGACACGACUGCAGACACAUACAGUGUUUCGACCUGGAGUCCUAUUUGCAGCUCAACUGUGAAAGAGGGACCUGGAGAUGUCCCGUGUGCAAUAAAACCGCUUUGCUAGAAGGGCUGGAGGUGGACCAGUACAUGCUGGGGAUCCUCGUCUACAUCCACAAUUCUGACUAUGAGGAGAUCACCAUCGACCCGGUUUGUGGUUGGAGGCCGGUGCCCGUCAAACCCGACCUGCACAUAAAGGAGGAGCCGGACGGUCCGGUCCUGAAACGCUGCCGAACAGUCAGCCCGAGUCACAUGGUCCUACCUAACGUGAUGGAGAUGAUCGCCGCUCUGGGCCCGGCGUCGUCCCCCUACCACAGUCUGACUGCAGGUGGCCGGAACACGCCCGACUACAACAGGCCAGGGAGCCAGGGAUUCUCCAGCCAGGGGGGAUUCACGGACUUCCCCAACACUCCUGGCACCCCGACACUCGGAGAGUACGCCUCCUCUGGACCUCCGCUCCCCUAUCAGUCCGAGCAGACGUCUCAUUCUGGGCGGAUGGAUCACGGCCACAACAUCCUCCAGCAGCACAGUUCAGGCGUCCACGGCAAUCCAAGUCUCGGCGAAGCCGGCAGCCCGCUGCCGCAGCGGAACAUCACUUCCCAGAAUUCCCGGCUGCAGAGCGAAGGCUCCUUCGGUCUGGGAGGCCCCGGAGCGCCCGGGGGAGAAGGGCCCGAUCACGCACUAGAUCUUCUUCCUGAGCUGACCAACCCGGACGAGCUGCUGUCCUACCUUGGCCCCCCCGACCUGCCCAACAACAGCAGCGAUGACCUGCUGUCCCUGUUCGAGAACAACUGACCGCCUUCAUGUUGUCCCACCCGUCGUCCUCCAGCCU